AUGGGUUCCAGAAUCAGAGAAAAUCCUUGCCAUGUGUUUGAAUGUUUUUGUGAAGUAGUUAUUCCAAAUGAAAAUGAAAAGAAAGCUUGGAUAAUUCAAAAAUACCCAGAAGAUUUCAAUGAUCAGGAAAUCUUAAAAUCGCUACCUGAAUUUUCUUGUCCUUGUGAAUUUACUAAUUCUGCUAUUCAACAUUUUUCAUUUGUUUUGACCAAUUUGGAUAGCAAAUGGACCUUUGGAUAUUGUCGUCAUACUCCAAAUGCUCCUACAUUAUUGGUUUUAAUCAGUUAUCUGCCAUGGCAUGAAACAUUUUACAAAAUUUUGAAUCAAAUAUCAGAUCUUACAAAUGACAAAGAAUCUGGUUUAUUGCCAAAAUUUCUGGAAUCAUUGCAUAAUUCCUCUGUUCCUGAUCCUGGACUCAAUUUGCAUGUGUCAUAUGACCAAAAAGAGUUUAUCGUUUACUGCCCAAAUCAUUUAAAACUACCAAGCAUACCUGAAAAUAGAAAUCUGACAGAGUAUUUUAAUGCUAUUGAUGCUCACAAUAUGAUGAUUAUAUUUGCCAGUAUGCUUCAUGAACGGAGGAUUCUUGUAACAUCAAAGAAACUAAGCCGUCUCAGUGCCUGUGUGCAAGCUGCAAACUGUCUAAUCUAUCCAAUGCACUGGCAACAUAUAUUUAUUCCUGUUCUUCCCAGGCAUCUAAUUGAUUAUCUAAGUGCACCCAUGCCCUUCCUAAUUGGUGUUCCAUCUUCCACUAUGAUGCAAUUUCGCCAAAGUGAACUGAGUGAAGUUGUAGUUUUGGAUGCUGAUAAUAACAGGGUAAAAACACCUUUUAACGAUUUGGAAACUUUACCUCCUGAAAUAGUAUCCACAUUGAAAAGAAGUUUAAAAAAUCCGAACUUGAUGUUGGGAGACGGUGUUUCUAGAGCUUUCAUGCGAGCCUUGGUGCAGCUGAUUGGAGGGUAUCGAGACUCACUAAACUUCAACUUCGGUGAAAAAAUUACAUUUGAUGCGGAGGCAUUCAUACAAACACGUCCAUCAUCUGUUCAGCCAUUUUUAGAGACAAUGCUUCAUUUGCAGAUAUUUCAGCAGUUUAUUGAAGACAGAUUAGAUAUGCUGAACUCUGGAACAGGCUUUAAUGAUGAAUUUGAAUAUGAAGUUAAUUCAUAUGAAGUGCAUUCAAGUAACAACUUAAGAAGUCAGUACAAAGAGUGGGUUUCAGCUAUGAAAAAAGAAGGUGGUGCGUUCUUGAAGAAUGUAAAAAGCAAGACUAAUCCUGCUGUAAAGCAUGCUUAUAAACAUGUCAAGGAUCGAGGCAAAAGGGCCUAUAAAGAUUUCAGGUCGAAAAUUCAAGACAUUCAAAAACAUCCCAGCCAACCUGACUUGAGAUUUGAUUCAAAUUUUGACAAACCUAAAAGUGCUCCAUCAAGUCCAACCAUGCCUCGAACUAACCCUUUUCCUAACAAGAGAAUAUCCUACAACCAUAGUAAUAACAGCAAAAUGGGUGUUUUGGAUGAAAUUAAUCUGGCCAAUCCUGUCUCUGGAAUUCGGCGCUAUAAAAUGUUGACUGUCGAUGAACUGUCUUUUCCAUCUGAAGAAUCGUGUGAAGGUAGCAGCAGUCCGAGUAUUCAGCAUAUUGACAUGGAUUUGAUGCAAGAUUUGCAUGAAAUCAUUUAUCGAAGAUGUUCUGUUUCUAGUGAUAAUUUGAACUCUUUUGGAAUAGAAGAUAUAAUACAAGAAGAAAAACCCAAAGUAAUUUUGGGAUUUGCAGAUUCUUUUUGUGGCCCUAAUGAACCUUUCUUACCAACACCUAUUCCUCCUCCUAGAUCGAAAAAGAAUGCAAAAACCAAAACUAAUAUUCAGCCGAGUACGGACUUGUUUUUGGAAAAAUCUACUCCUUGUAGACAUGAAGAAUCUUUAAUCCAGUUAGAAUCUCUCGAUGACGUUUCCCUUUUUGAUCCAUUGAAAGAAAAUAAUGCCAAAGAUUCCGAUCUUCUGAACUUCCUUGCUCCAAAAGGGGUUACCGAUUCUCGAGUCAGAGAACUGCAGAAUACGAUUCAAAAUCUGACAUCCGGCACAUCUCCGCAUGUAAAUAAUUCUUCUAUGAGUUACUUUCCUAAUUCUCCUUACUUCACUCCCAGGAUUCCCCAGCAAAAUAUGGUUUUACCAAGAUAUUCUGUGCCAUCCCAGUCAACAUUAAGUAAUUCUGUCCCAUCAAAUGAUUCAACACGUUUUAGAGCAUCUGGCAUGGAACAAAGUACAGCUGAUAUCAAGCCACCUUUACCGCCAAAAACUAGACCUUCUAACUCAACAUUUUUUGUUGGAAAUACAGUAUUGUCUGACACUGAGAAAAAUUUGCUAGAUGAUUAUGGACUAAGCAGUUCUCCCAUAUUUCAGAAAAGUCUCACAGAAAAAUCUGAAGUGUCUAACAAAUCUGACUGGCUUUCAAAUUCUCAGAGUAAAACUAAGUUAAAUAACCUUGAUCCCCUUUCCCUUUUGAAUGGAAUAGAAAAACUUAGCCCUAGGUCUAACAGAAAGGAACUCAAAAAUCAACCAACAUGGCAGAAAUUCACAUAAUUAUUUUAAUGUUUUAUAAUUUUUAUUUGGUCAGUUGUUUGUCUUACAAUUCAGG